GCGUGGCAGAAAAGUUGCGAGCGGUGCGUGUGAGAGAGCGAUGGCGAGGACGACAGAAGACCAGUUGGCCUGACCCACGUGCAAGUUUAUUCUUGGAUAGCAUGGCCAAGAUGGCGUCAUGCGGUUUCGAGUCGUGGGUUUUGCCACCGUCCGUGCCAUAUCGACGGGCGUCGAACGGAGCGUUGGAGAGGCUCAACGGACUGACCGCUCCUCUACUCGUAAAGGGCCACCGUGACACUGCCAUUGUAGCGCCAUCGAGUGACUCGAGAAUUCCAAUCUUGUCACGUUGGCGCCAUGGCCGACCCGUCUGCGUCGUCCUUUAUCGACGACGUGGCCACGAUUGUGUGCCAGCCAGGGCCGUCCACCGAUGCCAACCCAAAUCAUCAUCUCGCAAGUGCCAAGCAACUCAACCAACACCACGAUGACAAGCAACGAGCUGCAGUGUACCCUCGCCGCACCGUACUACCUGCAGGGUUCUGGACCCGAGUCGUCAACCCCGUAGACGUGCCUUCCUCGACGUCAUCCACACACCCCACGCAGAUCAAUUCCAUUGUGCCUCCGCUUGCCGAUGCUGUGCUCACGCUAGAGACGAAGGACACGCGUCGAAGCAUGGUCGAGGUUGAGGAGGAAGAUGGGGCAUCUGCCAUCCUGUACGACUACCCUCCGACUGAGUUGUCCAGCCUGUGGACAAUGCAAGGCGAUGGCGUGAAGGCCACGACAGCACAAGAUCCGAUUCUACCUCCUUCCGCCGCCACCGUUGUCGUUCACGGCUGGGUGGAGUCGUACGGCGAAGAUUCUGGGAUUUCUGACGGCGACGGCCACCCCGCCACACCAACGUCCGCCGGCGUCGACGCCGCCAUGUUGCACUUCGUCGACUCGAACGUUGACGAGAAAGAUGCCGAGAUCGAGCGCCUGACCAAACAAAACGUGUUUCUCGUGCAGUUGCUGCGCAAAGUGACGGCCAAAGUGAUGAAGAAUCGAACAGACUUGGCAUUCUAUCGCAAGAAACUUCGAGACGCCAUGCGACCUGUCCCGAAGCCAGCUACGGCCGACAUCUCGAUCCAGACAAGUGACGACGAGCCCCUGCCUUUCAACCGCGAUCGCAAUCCAGUGGAUGCAGCUGGUCAUCAAAUUGAGUCUCUCACGUGGCAGCUCAAGGUCGCGUCGGCCAAGAUCCAUUCGCUCACCACGUGUCUGGACGAAGCAAAAGCACGAUUGGAAGCGAAUUCGACAUCGACUUGCGCAUUGACGGGUCAGUACGAAGCGGAAGCAGCCAAGUGGAAGGCACAACUAACGAAUGCGCAAGCACAAGCAUCGGCCCAUCGGACAUCGCUUGUGAAACAAGAAGCGUUGUCGAGUGUGUUGUGCGAGUACGUGGGCCGCUGCGGCGUUCCCAUUGACCCAUCGAUGGAUGCCAAGGCCGCCGAGGCGCUCUUACAGCCACACACAGUCGUGCGCCGGACUCACUUGGCUGCCGCCGACAGCAUGUACGACCGACUGACGGACAGCAUGGCACGAGAACUUACGUUUUUGUCGAAACUGGACGCGCUCGACCCCACAGACAUGGCAUCGUGCCAAAAUCUGUGCAAGCAACCCAUUCAAAAGACGUCGCGGUGGCACGUCGAACGAAGAUAAAGGCCUGUUACACAACUUGGUCAUGGCGUGGAGUUUGUAAAUGGUCGUAGCAGGGGCGGAGUGUGUUGGAGAUGCAAUUCUGGGCGUCCGACCUAGAUGAGGUUGGACUGGUUGUUGUGGUCCUGUGCGGCGUAACAUCGGUCGCAUAUUCGAGCCACGUCAUGGGCACUCCCACCAACCACACGGCCUUUGUGCUUGGUGUGC